AUGGACCCAUGGCACACAUGGAUGCAGGCCAUGGCUGAUUUAGGACAACAGGCAAGCUGCACCCAUGGUCCCUGGAGCAUGGAGGAGAGCCCCAGCUACAGGCGACAGACACUACAAGGGUGGUGCCAGUUCUGCCUAGCCAGCCGGCUCUGGGAUGCGGGGCAGUACUACUACUUUUCCUCUGCCAAAAAGAGCUGGGAGCAGAGCAGAGAGGACUGCUGCUCCGGAGGGGCACAGCUGGUCACCAUCCGAGCCAAUGCCACCCUGGCUUUCCUGGUGCGCAUAGCCGACAUGGAGGUCUUCCAUGUGGGGCUGAAGCGGGAUGGCUUCAGGUCUGACUGGAAGUGGCUGGAUGGCACUGCACUGAAGGGGCUCUUCCCAAUCCAGUGCUCCACCAGCUCCUUCCUGGCCUGCAGCAGGUUGUCAGUCUUGGGGCUGUCUAGCUGCCUCUGCAGGGAAGCCCACAGCUGGGUCUUCAAGAAGAGCACAGCAGCCCUGCAGUGGCUCUGGUCUUCGCCCCCUGCUUUCCUCUGGAGGAAUACCACCUACACCUGUGUGGGGCCUUGGGGCUCCUUGCACCCUGGGGAGGAGGAUGCAGAAUGUGCUGCCUGGGAUGGAACUCAUUCCACCCCCAAAGUCACCCACAGUCUGUGGGAUGCCUCCUGCGAGUACGAAGCCAAGUGGGGCCACCUCUCACAGGAGGUGAGUGCGCAGGAGCAGAGCCUGGAGCAGACAUGGCUGGAGCUGGCGUGGGCCAGAAUGGAGCUGCAAUUGCUGCUGCUCAUGAUGGGUGCUGUACGGGGGCAAGUGCCUCUUCAUCUCAGUGGAGAAGAUGACCUGAUGGGAGAGCCAGAAGAGAAAUCCGCUCAGCUGCUGUGGGAAGAGGUGUCCACAGUGGGGAUGCUGUCGCUGCCCCUCUGA